AUGGGGCGACAGCCAGAGUUCUCCUUCCUGCUCCUACCAGACCCUCUCUCCCAGCCUUCAGCAGGGGGAAAGGGAACGGGGAUGGAUGCACGGGCAUUGGUGGAGGUGGUAGUGGGGUGCAUGCGGCACGUGGGGUUCAAUGCCACGGGCAGUGCACUGGGCGUGCCUGCAGAGCUGCUUGUGCUGGUGACUGUGGGGCGAGAGGGGCAGGGUGGGCAGGGCAGGGUGCAGGGCGGUUUGAUGGGGCAGGGAGGAGUGGGGAAUGGGGAGGGUGGGGAGGGUGGGGAGUGGGAGCGGGUGGCAGCAUGGAGCCAGGCAGCGUGGGCAGUGGAGGAGCAACGACUCACAGUGCUGCCCGUGGUGGUGCCUUCCUCCACUGCCAACCGCACCAGUGGCAUCCCCACAGGCGACAGCAGCAGUGGCAGCAGCAGCAACCCAGUGUCUCGUGUGACCUACAGGGGGUGGGUGCAGGGCACACCUCUAGCCAUCCGCCGUUCUGCCCUUCUCUCCCUGGGCUCGCUUGCACCUCUGCAGGGGGGAGGGAUGGGGGCAGCAGGCGAGGAGCAGGGAGGUGCGAGCAGCAGCAGCCGCAGCCUCGGUGCGUGGGUGCUGUGUGUGCAGGCGUGGCUGGCAGGGUACCGUGUGGGGCUGGUCCGCUCACCCUCUGCUGAGUUUCUCUUUCCAAAGCAUGAUGCUUCCGGUGCAGGGUCUAGGGUGGGUGGGGGGAGCAAUAAUUCAGGGAACGUUGGCGUGGGGAACGUUGGCGUGGGGAGUGGUUCGGGUGCUGCUGCAGGGUUAGACGAGUUUGCUGCAUUUAUCGCUCCUUAUCUGCAUGCUGUAAAAGAAAGAAUAGCCCUCUUUAACUCACACUGA